AAUAAUAAUAAAAAUUCAGUUCAUUGGAUGGAACACAUGAAAAAUUCCUUAUUAUAAUUGUAACUAUAAUUCUUUCAUUGAAAGGAAAAAGAUAGGAACUAAAAAGCUAGAUUAUUAAGAUCAUCAAGAACAAGAGGUCAAACAAGAAAAAAGAAGAAAUAUCAAUGGAAGACAAUGAGAUCAAGAGUUUUGUUAAGAUGGGUCUAGCUCUUGCCGUGCUUUGUACUUUUCUUGUAUCGGGGAUUAUGCAUGAAUUGAUGUUCUUUUAUCAUAGUCGUACAUGGCCAACUUGGGAGGUGAUGUGGUUUUUUGCAUUACAUGGGCUAUGUUUGGUUGCGGAGAUAGCUCUGAAGAAGUCUCUGGGUGAUAGAUGGCAGUUGCACCCGUUGGUCUCGAGACCUCUGGUAGUUGGAUUCGUGAUGGUUACUGGUUUAUGGUUGUUUUGGCCUCAAUUGUUAAAAUCUGGUGUUGACGAAAGAGCUAUUAAGGAGUAUGUUGUUCUUGGGGAGUUUGCUAAGGCUUUGGUAAAGGAUACUUGGGUUUCUGUCACUGGCGGCGGAAGAGGAAUUGAUUCGUAAGUGCCUAACUAGGGCACCUUGAGUUCUAUCCUGGCUCUAGUUUGAACUUGUUUUGUUCGUCUUUUGUUUUGAAUUUAUACAGCUAGGAAGUUUCAUUAAGGUUCAAAGGAAACUUCGGAACCAUUUUUUUUCUGCGUAGAACUUUAAUUUUUUACAACUAACAGAGUAUUAGUAUAACGCUUGAAUGGAGUUCACGUAA